AUGGCGUCGUACAUACAAGGUUAUGAUGAGGAGAGAUUUGCGACCACAGUCAAUCGAAAUUUCCUCUGUUUGAUUUGCUUCAACGUUUUAAGAGAGCCCGUCCUGUGUCCGAGAAACCAACAUUGUUUCUGCCGUUCUUGUAUUACGAAACACCUCGAGAAUUCUCGAAGAUGCCCUACGUGUGCGGACGAACUGACCGUAGAGACUUUGGCCGAACCCAACAGAAUGGUAAAAGAUAUGUUAAAUGAAUUAAACAUUCAUUGCAUUUACAUCGACAGAGGUUGUCAAGAGAUUCUACAAUUACAACAUCUUGACAACCAUGAGGUUACAUGUGGAUUUACACCAGCCGUUUGUACAAACCAAGGCUGUGGUGCAACUUUAAACCAGCGUGAUCUUAUUCACCAUCAAAGUGAACUAUGUGAAUUUCGCAAGUUGAAGUGUCACUCGUGCGGAGAAAUGGCAAAAACUUUGGCAGAUAUGGAGAAAAGAAUCGCGAAUGUCGAGAAGAAUAUGGCGACGAAUAUGGGAGCUGUGGUUACCAUGGAAACCCUGAUGAAGAAUAUGCAGACGAGUAUCGCGACAAAUGCGGAGAAUGUGGAAAGGAAUAUGGCGACAAAUGCGGCAGAUAUCAAAACAGAUAUGGAUGAAAAACUCAAAGCAGUAAAUAAUGAGGUGAGAGGAUUGAAAACAGCUUUGGUUGAAUGUUUUGAUGAAAUGAAGGAUGUUCUUGUCAAGAUGGAGGACAAGAUAGAAGAAAAUACAAGAAAAGUAAGAAAUACAGCAAGUGGUGAUAAGCAAAAUAUAAUUGUUGUUGGAGGUUUUGGAACUGACUCUGUAGAGAUGUUUAACUGGCGUCAAAAAACAUGGUCGCCAUUACAAUCCUUGCCAAAGAAGCGUUAUGCAGCGACUUCGUUUGUUUACAACAAUCAUGUGACAAUUGCUGGAGGUUACUGUUCUGGCCAGGUCGAUGAUAUGAUUAGAAUGAAUAUCAACCCAAACCCUGAUCUCUCAGUGCACUGGAGUAACUGUCCUGUUAAACUACCUGCUAAGUUGGCAGACCACAGCAGUGUGCUGUAUAAUGAUCACUUGAUAGUCACUGGUGGUUAUAGUGGAAAUGCAGUAUCUGACUGUAUUCAUGAAGUCCAGCUGGUUCCUCCGUAUACUGUGAAGACCUUAUCAAGAAUGCCAGAACCAAGACGGGAUCACAGCACGCAAUUAUUUGAUGAUAACUUGUUGAUCGUUGGUGGAAGUACAACUGACAGACACCAAGACAACCUCAGCAGUGUCGUACUGUAUGAUAUAAAGAAGAAUGAAUGUAAACAGUUGGCACCACUACCGUAUGAAGUGGGUAAGAUGGCAACUGUAAGAUGGGGAGACAACAUCGUUGUUAUAGGCGGGGAAGACAAACGUGACAAGACAUUAGAUACAGUUAUCAUUUACAAUGUCAAGACUGAACAAAGUCACUUGCUGCCGUCAAUGAGAUGUAAGAGACGGUUAUGUACUGCAGUUGUUAUUGGAAACAACGUUGUAGUACUGGGAGGGGCGAGUGGGUUUUUUGCACAAAAGUCAGUUGAAACUUUCAACUUUGGAAGUUAUUCUUGGCAAGAACUUCCAGAAAUGUCAGAAACAAGAUCGUCACACACUGCUGUUGUUGUGUGA